UGAACAGAAGCCGUGUCAAUUGGCCAAUCAGCACUGCGAUUGGCACAAGGGUCCAAUUUCCCAAAGAGCUCCUUGCUCCACCUGGCAAUCGACGACAUUGGACGUCAGGAUUGAGUCCUGUAUCCCUAAUCACACUGACGCUGCCGGCCGUCGCAUCAUAAGAUGGCUAAAAAGAAGGCAAAGGCUGCUUCAGGCAGUACCGGAGCUGAAAAGCCCUCGGAGAACGCGGACAUCAAGAAGCGCGGUGCCGAGGUAAAUGGGGAGGGCGAGGCUCGCGCAUCGAAGCGAACCAGGAUCGAGGACAGGACCGACUUCUCGCGCUGGCGCAUGCGUGAUGACAAUAGUCGGCACACCUGGCACUACCUCGAGGACGAUGAAGCAGCGAAGAAGUGGCCGCAGACCUACGCAGACAAAUACUAUCUCGGCCUCCCACUGGACCUUCCCGACCUCACACCGGCAAAUACCCCUCUCGACUCCGUUCGAAACGGUCUAGGUUUCUUCGAGAAACUCCAGCUGCCGUCGGGGCACUGGGGCUGCGAGUAUGGCGGGCCCAUGUUCCUGCUGCCAGGAGUUGUGUUCUCCUGGUAUGUUACCAAGACACCGAUCCCCUGGUAUUACGCAACCGAGAUCAAGAACUACCUCUUCGCCCGCGCACAUCCCGAGGAUGGUGGUUGGGGGUUACAUAUUGAGGGGGAGAGCUCAGUGUUCGGGACGAUUAUGAAUUAUACCACCUUGCGGCUGAUUGGGGUUGAUGCGGACCACCCCAAGAUGGUAAAAGCGCGGGCAACUCUGCACAGACUCGGAGGCGCAACCCAUGCACCGCACUGGGCCAAGGUCUGGCUAUCUAUCCUGGGGGUGACCGACUGGGAUAUCGUCAACCCUGUCCCACCCGAGCUGUGGCUGCUCCCUGACUGGGUCCCCUUCGCGCCUUGGAGAUGGUGGAUUCACAAUCGAAUGGUUGUUCUGGCAAUAGGCUACAUCUGGUCCAAGCGGUGGCAGGCAGAAGAAACUGACACUAUCCGGGCGCUCCGGAACGAGCUGUUCGUCGAGCCGUGGGAAGAAAUCGACUGGGCGAGCCAUCGCAACACAAUUGCCCCCGAGGAUAACUACCACCCGAAAUCGUGGCUGCUCAACACCAUCAACACAUUUCUUGUCAAUGUCUGGAAUCCAUACCUUCGACCGAAGGCACUGGCCGCAAAAGCCGAGGCUUGGACCAUGGAGCUUAUCGACAUGGAGGACGAGAACACGGACUACGCAGAUCUGGCGCCCGUAUCCGCGGUCCUGAAUCUGGUCUGCUGCUACGUCCGAGAUGGCCCCGAUUCGUAUUCCGUGAGGAGGCACAAAGAACGACUAGAAGAGUUCCUCUGGGUCAAUGAGGAAGGUCUGCUCUGCAACGGGACAAACGGAGUGCAGUGCUGGGACACAGCCUUUGCUAUACAGGCUGUCAUGGAUGCCGGGUUGACUGAGGAUCCUCGAUGGCGCCCCAUGUUGGUGAAGGCCCUGAAGUUUCUGGACGACCAGCAGAUCCGUGAGAACGUCAAGGAUCAAGACAAGUCUUACCGCCAGCAGCGGAAAGGAGGCUGGGCCUUCAGCAACAAGGACCAGGGUUAUGCUGUCAGCGACUGUGUGUCGGAGGCUCUGAAAUCGGUCAUUAUUCUGCAAAAGACGCCCGGCUUCCCCACGUUGAUCGACGAUCGGCGGAUAUUCGACGCGAUCGAUACUCUCUUGACGUACCAGAACCCCUCUGGCGGCUGCUCCUCUUACGAGCCUCCACGGGCGGGCACGUGGAUGGAGAUGCUCAAUGGGGCCGAGGUCUUCGGCCGGAUCAUGAUCGAGUACGACUAUCCGGAGUGCACCACAGCUGUCGUGACGGCGCUCUCUCUCUUCAAGAAGCACUGGCCAGACUACAAGGCCCAGGAGAUCAGCCGAUUCAUCGACCGAGCCGUCAAGUGGAUCAAGACCGCGCAGCUCCCGGAUGGGAGCUGGUACGGGAGCUGGGGGAUCUGCUUUACGUAUGCCACCAUGUUUGCCCUCGAGAGCCUGUCCAGCAUUGGGGAGACGUACGGGACUAGCCAGAAUGCGAAGAAGGGGUGCGACUUCUUGAUCUCGAAGCAGAGAGCUGAUGGAGGUUGGUCAGAGUGCUACAAGUCUUGUGAAGACAGCGAGUAUGUCGAGCACGCAUCAGGCUCCCAGGUCGUCAUGACCUCGUGGGCGCUCAUUGGCUUAAUGAAGGCGGACUACCCCGACGUGGAACCAAUCAAGAAGGGCAUCAAACUCAUCAUGGAGCGACAGCAGCCGAACGGGGAGUGGCUGCAAGAGGCUAUUGAGGGUGUCUUCAACAAGAGCUGCAUGAUCUCGUAUCCCAGUUACAAGUUCACCUUCACCAUGAAGGCACUGGGAAUGUUUGCGAAGAAAUAUCCGGCCGAGGAGGUGGUUUAACAUGGAUGCACAAUAUGGAAAUCAAGGAUAGAGUUCCCGAGUAUCAACCUAAUAACCGAUCGAGGUAGCUAUUGAUAAUAAUACACCAAGGUAUCCCAG